CAGUCAGACGACAGAACUUCCGGUCGGCAUUUUGUUCUACGAGAGGAGAGCCUCUGGAUGAUCGCAAAAAUCGUCAUUUUUCUCAUUUACGGUCGAAAUUGGCUACCGACUUUGUUUACGUCGGCACAGACCGACUGAAACUCCGAAGAACGAAUGUUUCCCCAUGGUUAUACGUUGAAACAUUCACCCUCGACUGACGGAAGAAGAACGAAUCGGUCCGACCCGGAUUAUUGUUGAUAGCUAGCAGGCUAGCUCGUCGGCUAGCUGGCGAGCCAGUCGAGUUCCUUCUGGAGGAGCCGCGAGAGAGAAGAAAGGGGGAGCUAGAGAUACGGACACAAACCCAGCUAAAACAUUGCCCACCCUUUGAACGCAACAUCCGAAGGAGUCUGAAGGUGCAGGACAUUUUAUCUGAGAUGUCAGUGAGUCUACCGGAGACUGCACGAGAUUCUUUAAAAAGGUGCCAGGAGAUGUGAGGACGGGUGUUGUCCGUCGACCCCCUGAUAUACCUGUGUAUCAACACACUCCCCCGCCCUCACCUUCAGCAUGAAUGGGGAUAUGCCCCAUGUUCCCAUCACCACUCUUGCUGGGAUCGCUAGCCUCACAGACUUGUUGAACCAGCUGCCGCUUCCUUCCCCUCUACCUGCCACCACCACUAAGAGCCUCUUGUUCAAUUCGAGGAUAGCAGAGGAAGUUAACCGUCUACUGGGGUGUCGGGAUGAGAAUCUGGCCUCCCAACUAGCCCAUGGCCUUAACCAGGUCUCCACAGAGCACAUAGAACUGAAGGAUAACCUGGGUAGCGAUGAGCCAGAGGGAGACGCACCACUGUUGCUGCAGACCAUGCUGGCCAGGAACCCUGGCAUCUUCAGGGAGAAAAAUGUUAUGCAGCAACCAAUGGUACCACCUUUUAAGAUCACCCAAAACUCCAUGCACAGCCCUGCACAGUCUGCAAACUUCCAACCGGCUGCAAUUUCUCCCAAUCCAUCAAGCCGGUUUGUGGGACCGCAGUCGGGUUCCAGUAGUCGGUACAUAGGUCAGCAGAACAGUCCCGUGCCCAGCCCCUACACUCCUCAGAGCCCUGCACCGGGUUACAUACAGCAGUAUCCCCAUCAACAACCGCCCAGCUACAACCAACACCAACAAAUGUCUUCAGUGGCGAGCCCAAUGGUGCCAGGUGGGAUACGGAAUAUCCAAGAAGGCAAAGUAUCAGGGCAGCUAUCUAAUGCUCCCAAUCACCAUUCAGACAGGCACGGUACGGACGACUACAUGAAUAUUGUGCAGCGGCUGGGAAAUGAGGAAGGUGAUUCAGCCAUGAGGAAUCCUUCUUUCCAGCUGAGGUCUCCUCAGUCGGGCUGCUCUCCAACGUCAAGUGAGGGAACACCCAAACCGGGUUCUCGCCCACCGCUGAUUCUCCAGUCGCCGCCUCCCUAUGCGUCGUCGCCCAGGGAAGGCGGACAUGACCAGAAGCAGCAUCUUCAGCAGAGGAAGAAAACUCCCACAGUGAAAGAGGAGAAAGACAUGUAUGAUAUUGUUAGCUCUCCUAACAAGGACUCGACCAAACUCACCCUCAAGCUAUCCAGGGUUAAGUCAAGUGAAUCCGAUCCAUCAGGUGAUGCUGGGCCAGGCAUGGAUCAGAACUCUGACAAUAUUGAGGCAGAGCUGGGUUUUCAGCAAGUUCCAGUUCUUCAGCCUAAUUUGGCAGCCAGACUGCAGCAGCAGCAGAUCCUGCAACAGACUGGUGGAGCUGGUGGUCUUCAGCCCCCCAGUUCACCUUAUGAUGAGGCGGAGCUUGAUGCUCUGGCUGAAAUUGAAAGGAUUGAACGGGAGGCAGCCAGUGAAAAGUGUUCAAAAGAAGUUCAAGACAAAGACAAGCCACUUAAGAAGAGAAAACAGGACUCAUUUCCUCUUGAGCCUGGAGCAGGAGGACCAGGGGCCCCCACUGGUGCCCCGGGGAGUGGAUCCACAGGAGGGGCCAAUGCAGGCAAACUGACCCCACAAGAGGCCACUGCAGCUGGAAACGGUGCCAGUCGCCCUCCCCUCAUGGUGAGCAUCGACCUCCAGCAGGCAGGGAGAGCUGACGGCCAGCUCGACCCCUGUCUGGCUGCCCCUAUUCCUGCCCUUGAAGCCCAACGCUGGCCUGAAGAACCAGCAAGCGGGCCGGCAGCAGUGGAAGGUUCUGACACAGCUUUGCGGUUGAAACCCGACGGGCGACCGGAGGUCAUCAAAAACAGAGUUGAUAAGCACGACAGCAGGAGAGAAGGUCGGGAGUCAUCCAAGCACCGACACCACGAGAAGUCGUCAGAUAGACGCGGAGAGUUACCAAAGCCCUCGAACCGAGCGGAACACGGCCGAGACCGGGACCGCGAGUCCGACAGGGAUAGGAGGCAUCGAAGCGAGACCAGCAGUAGAGACAGGCGGUCCCCUGAUUCCCGUUCCAGGAGCGAUCGAGAUCGGUCUGGCUUCCAGGCCGCCGGAGAGCCCGGUCGGAGCAGCGGUAAACAAGACGGAUCCAAAGCGGCCUCUUCUUCCACUGGUGCUAAAAUUCCAGAUUCUUUCCCUGCUCAGCUCCUUGGAGGGCAUACCGGAGCAUUGAAGAACUUCCAGAUCCCCAAGAUUAAUCGUGAUCGGGAGAACAGCGGAUCAACUGAAAGUCAAAGGUGGAGCCAGCCUAAGGUGAAACUAGAGAGGCUAGGUUUGGUGAAGGACUUUGAGAAGCGACCCAAGCCUGUGGUGGUGUUAAAAAAGCUCUCAGUCGACCAGAUUCAGAGAAUCAUUCGGCACAGCAAGUCUGGGAAGAACCGGUUCUCAGGAAAGUCUGGGAAAAGUGGUAUGGACCCAGAAGUUUUAAGGGAGCUUCCCCCAGAAUUACUGGAAGAAAUUGAGUCAACCAUGCCAAUGUAUGAACGGGUAAAGAUGAACAAGAGGAAACGCAGUACAGUAAACGAGAGGCCCAAAUAUGCUGAAGUCAGCUCAGAUGAAGACUAUGAUGCAAAUGGAGAGUCAGCAAGGAAGCGUCACAAAAGAGAGAAAGACAGAGCCUGGGAAUUUGAAGAGAGGGAACGACGGGGUUCCGGAGAUCACCGAAAGAGCGGGAACCGAGAAGGUCGGCGAGGCUCAGGUAGCCGCUACCGCGACUCCUCCGAGGAAGAUUCGCCUCCACCCAGCAUGAGUGAAAUUGCCAGAAAAAUGAAGAUGAAAGAGAAGCAGAAGAAACGAAAAGCAUACGAACCUAAGCUAACCCAAGAAGAGCUAAUGGACUCAUCCACAUUCAAGAGAUUCUUGGCAAGCAUUGACAACAUACUAGAAAAUCUGGAGGAUGUGGAUUUUACUACCAUGGCAGAUGAUGAUGAGAUACCUCAGGAACUGUUGCUUGGUAAACACCAGCUGAAUGAGCUUGGCAGUGAGUCUGCCAAAAUUAAGGCCAUGAGCAUCACCAGCAAGAUCCCAUCAGAUAAAUUGGUGAAGCUUCUGAAUAUCCUUGAAAAGAAUAUCCAGGAUGGAGCCAAGCUCUCUACCUUGUUAAACCAUGACCACGAUGCUGAAAGUGAAGAAAGGCUCUGGAGAGACUUGAUAAUGGAGAGAGUCACAAAGUCCGCCGACGCCUGUUUGACAGCACUUAACAUCAUGACCUCAACACACAUGCCAAAGGCUGUGUACAUAGAGGAUGUUAUUGAGCGCGUGCUACAAUACACCAAGUUUCACCUUCAGAAUACACUUUAUCCACAGUACGAUCCUGUCUACAGAGUGGACCCACAUGGAGGUGGGAUGUUGAGCUCCAAGGCAAAGCGUGCCAAAUGCUCAACACACAAACAACGUGUAAUUGUGAUGUUGUACAACAAAGUUUGUGACAUCGUCAGCAACAUUUCAGAGCUUCUAGAAAUCCAGCUUCUUACGGACACAACCAUCCUACAGGUUUCCUCUAUGGGAAUAACUCCAUUUUUUGUGGAGAAUGUUAGUGAGCUGCAGUUGUGUGCCAUUAAGCUUGUGACAGCGGUUUUCUCACGUUAUGAGAAGCAUCGGCAGCUUAUUUUGGAAGAGAUCUUUACUUCUUUGGCCAGGUUACCCACCAGCAAGCGCUCCCUGAGGAAUUUCAGGCUGAACAGCUCAGACCAGGAUGGAGAACCGAUGUACAUCCAGAUGGUGACCGCUCUGGUGCUGCAACUGAUCCAGUGUGUGGUCCAUCUCCCUAGCGACAAGGAUGUUUUUGAAGAGUACGACAAGGUGGAUCAGGACGUCCUGAUAACCAACUCGUAUGAGACAGCUAUGCGGACAGCGCAAAACUUCCUUUCAGUCUUCCUCAAAAAAUGUGGCAGCAAGCAGGGAGAAGAAGACUACCGACCGUUAUUUGAAAACUUUGUCCAGGACCUGCUAUCAACUGUAAACAAACCAGAGUGGCCUGCAGCAGAGCUGUUGCUCAGUCUUCUUGGAAGACUGUUGGUACACCAGUUCAGUAAUAAGCAGACAGAAAUGGCUCUGAGAGUAGCAUCUCUGGACUACCUAGGCACAGUGGCUGCCAGACUCAGGAAGGACGCUGUCACUAGCAGGAUGGACCAGAGAUCUAUCGAUCGCAUCCUACAAGCGUCUCCAGGGACUGAUGAGACGCAGCAGCUGCAGAAAGCUUUACUGGACUAUAUGGAAGAAAAUGCUGAGACUGAUCCUUCUCUGGUGUUUGCCAGAAAGUUCUACAUUGCCCAGUGGUUCCGUGACGCCACAACCGAGGCUGAGAAGUCCAUGAGGAACCAGAAUCCAAAGGAUGAGGACUCAUCAGACGGACCCCAGCAUGCGAAGGAGUUGGAAACAACUGGUGAAAUUAUGCAGCGCGCAGAGAAACGCAAGAAGUUCCUGCGUAACAUCAUUAAGACGACACCAGCCCAUUUUGCCACGCUGAAAAUGAAUUCAGACACUGUGGACUAUGAAGACUCCUGUCUAAUCGUGCGUUAUUUGGCCUCCAUGAGGCCGUUUGCCCAGAGCUUUGAUAUUUAUUUAACACAGAUUUUGCGAGUUCUUGGGGAAAGUGCCAUCGCUGUAAGGACUAAAGCCAUGAAGUGUUUGUCGGAGGUUGUGGCUGUAGACCCCAGCAUUCUGGCCAGGUCUGACAUGCAGCGAGGCGUUCAUGGCCGUUUGAUGGAUAACUCCACCAGUGUGAGAGAGGCAGCUGUAGAGCUGCUGGGCAAGUUCGUGCUCAGCAGACCCCAACUCACUGAGCAGUACUAUGAUAUGCUCAUUGAGAGGAUAUUGGACACCGGUAUCAGUGUAAGAAAGCGGGUAAUCAAGAUUCUCAGAGACAUCUGUCUGGAGCAACCAACCUUCAGUAAGAUCACUGAGAUGUGUGUGAAGAUGAUCCGCAGGGUCAACGAUGAAGAAGGCAUCAAGAAACUGGUGAAUGAGACGUUCCAGAAGCUGUGGUUCACUCCAACUCCAGCACAUGACAAGGAAACCAUGACCAGAAAGAUUCUCAACAUCACUGAUGUUGUUGCUGCUUGUAGAGACACUGGUUAUGACUGGUUUGAGCAGCUUCUGCAGAAUCUUCUUAAAUCUGAAGAGGAUGCUUCAUAUAAACCAGCUAAAAAGGCCUGUGUUCAACUAGUCGACAAUCUGGUUGAGCACAUCCUUAAAUAUGAAGAGUCUCUAGCAGAAAACAAAGGAGUAAACUCAACACGGCUUGUGGCAUGCAUCACCACCUUAUACUUGUUCAGCAAGAUCAGAGCGCAGCUCAUGGUCAAACAUGCCAUGACCAUGCAACCUUAUCUGACCACAAAGUGUAACACUGCCAACGACUUCAUGGUUAUCUGCAAUGUGGCGAAGAUCUUGGAGUUAGUGGUCCCCUUAAUGGAGCACCCAAGUGAAACUUUUCUUGCCACCAUUGAAGAAGACCUUAUGAAGCUCAUCAUCAAAUACGGCAUGACGGUGGUCCAGCACUGUGUGAGUUGUCUCGGAGCUGUCGUAAACAAAGUUACACACAACUACAAGUUUGUGUGGUCUUGCUUUAACAAAUUCUAUGGUGCACUUAACAAAUUCAAGAUUCAGCAUCAAGAUGAUCCCAACAGCACAGCAUUAGUAGCAAACAAGCCUUUUCUGCUGCGAUCGCUCUUCACCGUGGGUGCCCUCGGUCGACAUUUUGAUUUCGAUCUGGAGGAGUUUAAGGGCACCAACAAGAUCAUUAUCAAGGAGAAGGUUCUUGAGCUCUUGCUGUACUUCACCAAACAUGAGGAUGAGGUGGUCAAGACCAAAGCCAUCAUUGGGUUAGGUUUUCUUGUUAUUAUGCAUCCAAGCCAGAUGUUUGUGCCUGAGGUGAAAUCCUUGUACAAUGGUAUCCUGGCCGACGCCUCCUCCUCCAUCAACCUCAAAAUCCAGGUCCUUAAAAACCUGCAGACGUACCUGCAAGAAGAAGACUCACGGAUGCAGGAAGCAGACCGAGAAUGGAAGAAACUGUCCAAACAGGAGGAUCUGAAAGAGAUGGGAGACAUUUCAUCAGGGAUGAGCAGCUCCAUUAUGCAGCUGUAUCUAAAACAGGUGUUGGAGGCGUUCUUUCACACAGAGUCCAGUGUGCGGCACUUUGCUCUCAAUGUCAUAGCUCUUACGCUCAACCAGGGUCUCAUUCAUCCUGUACAGUGUGUACCCUACCUCAUUGCCAUGGGAACAGACCCAGAGCCCAGCAUGAGAAACAAAGCCGACCAGCAGCUGGUGGAGAUUGACAAGAAAUACACCGGUUUCAUCCAUAUGAAGGCAGUUGCAGGGAUGAAGAUGUCGUACAGUUUGCAGCAGGCCAUCAAUUCAUCUCGUAAAAGCAUUGUAAGAGGCUUCAGGCACGAUGAGACACACUCAGCUCUCUGCUCCCACCUCUACACGAUGAUCCGGGGCAACCGGCAACAUCGGAGGGCCUUCCUCAUCUCACUACUGAACCUCUUUGAUGACAGUGCUAAGACGGAAGUAAACAUGCUGCUGUUUAUCGCAGACAACUUGGCUUGUUUCCCAUACCAGAGCCAAGAGGAGCCGCUCUUCAUUAUGCACCACAUAGACAUCACACUGUCUGUUUCUGGCAGCAACUUGUUGCAAACCUUUAAAGAACUUCUACUAAAGGAGCCAAGACGGAAGGAAAAGAAAGUAAAGGUGUGGAAAAACACGUCUGAUGGUGAGGAUGAAGAGGGAAAGAUGAACUGCGAUUUUUCCAGAAGUGAUGAAGAGGAAAACUGCAACAGUGACGAAAACGAAGACAACGACGACGAAGUGGUGCAUCGGCCAAAGAAGUCAAGAAGACCCAUUGAAAACUCAGACAGCUCCGAAUCUGAAUCCGACUUCGAGGAUUUGGAUGUUGAGGAUGUGGAAAAAGUAAUGAGGCUUCUGCCAGAUAAUCCCAUUGGCCUCUUGGACUUCGCCAAUGCGGUUCAGGGCAUCUUGCUUCUCCUCGUGCUCAAACAGCAUUUAAAGAACCUGUAUGGAUUUUCUGACAGUAAAAUCCAGAAGUACUCUCCAACGGAGUCAGCUAAGGUGUACGAUAAAGCAGUGAACAGGAAAAACAACGUGAACUUCCACCCAAGACAAACCUUGGACUUCAUCUUCAACAACAUGAGCAACGCCACGCUGACGGAGGAUGUAAAAAGGCGGAUAGUCAAACAGUAUCUGGACUUCAAGGUUCUGAUGGAACACCUGGAUCCAGAUGAAGAGGACGAGGAAGGAGAGGCAUCUGCCAGCGCCAACAUCAGAAACAAAGCCAUAAACGCCCUGUUGGGAGGCUCUGGGCCCAUGUCGGGACCCAGCCCCCGCUAUCAAGCGGGACCAGAGACGGAUGACGAUGAUAGUGAUAUUGACGAAAGGACCCCAGGGUCCUCUCGAAGGUCAAGGCGAGCCGGCGACCCCUCGGAUCCAGGCCGAAUGAGUGAAACGGUGGAAGCUAUGGAUGUGAUCGCCCUCUGUUGCCCCAAAUACAAGGACCGACCGCAAAUAGCUCGAGUCACCCAAAAGACUCCCAACGGAUACACCAUCCACUGGAUGGCAGGCUCUUACUCGGGACCCUGGGCAGAGGCCAAGAAAAGGGACGGCCGUAAACUGGUGCCUUGGGUGGACACUAUUAAGGAGUCGGACAUUAUUUACAAAAAGAUUGCCUUGACCAGCAACCACAAACUGAGCAACAAAGUUGUACAGACUUUACGCUCACUAUAUGCAGCACGGGAGGGAGGGGCUAGCUAAUGGCUCCUGUAUUUUUAUUUUUUUUUUUCUUGUUUGUUUCGGUUCCCCUGUUCCAUUUCUACUUUAUGAAAAUCCUCUCCUUCCCUGCUCCUGCUCCUCCUCCUCAACCUGUCACCUCCAACAACACAGCCAAACUUCACUGGAUUCCUACCUAGCCCCUCUUCCUCAUUUUUGUAAGAGAACACAAGAGGGCAAGAAUAUUUGACACUACAUACUUUUACAUGACUUACUCUUGCAAAAAUGACACAAAACACGAGACUUAUAUUAGAGGGACUGUUCAUGUUUUGCUUGUGUAAAUGUUCAGAGGAUAGAAUCCUGAAGGCAUUAAAGGAAUAAUUCACCCAAAUUAUCCCUUAGAAGGCUAUCAGAAGAGAGACCUGGAGGGAAAUGUUUUGUCAACAUUGUUGUGGGAGCUCCUUCGCUGUUGUGCAGCAGAUUCUAGUCGUUCAUUUCUACUCCCACUGUACCAUAGUUUAACAUGACAAAAAACUAAAAUGUUUAUAUCUCUGAAUACAAAAAAAAGCUGUAAAAAAAAGAAUAAAACCUUAAGUGAAUGUUGGAAAUUAGUCUUUUUGAUGUUCUUAUUAAAGUGUUUUUGGAGUUUAUUAUAUGACUAGCACCCUGAUGGGUUUUUCCUUUUAGCUUUUAGAUAUUUGGAGAAAAAAAAAGUAAAAAAAGAAAAUAAGAUUUUUUAUUUUUGUUCACGUUUAUUUGUCCAUGCUGUACAAUGGCAGAGUCCUCUGAAUAUAAUUUAUUCUAUUUCGAACUACGCAUGCAGUAUAUGUGGCCUAUUACAGGAGGAUAUUUUGUAAAUGUAGAUUUUGUUGUAUUAGGUCACCCUAGUAAUACGAGGAAGGGGAUUCAUACCCUUUUGGUGGAACAAAUACUGCAAUAAAUUUUCUACUUCUCUUUGUCA